CAAAACUAAAACCCUAGCGUCUUCUUAUUCUUCGCUAUCGGCUUCCUCUGAGAGAACUUAAAGAACUCGAAGAAGAAGAUGACGGUAGAAGGAGUGAACCCUAAGGCGUAUCCGUUAGCUGAUUCUCAGUUAGCGAUAACGAUUCUUGAUCUUGUUCAACAAGCGACGAAUUACAAACAGCUAAAGAAAGGAGCUAAUGAAGCUACUAAGACAUUGAACCGUGGGAUCUCUGAGUUCGUUGUUAUGGCUGCUGAUGCAGAGCCUCUUGAGAUUCUUCUUCAUCUUCCUCUUCUUGCUGAAGAUAAGAAUGUGCCGUAUGUGUUUGUGCCAUCGAAACAAGCCCUUGGAAGGGCAUGUGGUGUAACAAGACCGGUGAUCGCUUGUUCGGUUACAUCGAACGAGGCUAGUCAGUUGAAAUCUCAGAUUCAGCACCUUAAGGAUGCCAUUGAGAAGCUCCUGAUCUAGAUUUUUGGUGGUAAUGAAUGAAUGAAUGAUGGGUCUCUCCAUUUAUGAAGAGGCUUUGACUGAAGUUAGUUUGUGCAACUUUAAGAAAAAACAAAAAAAAACUUGUGAACGAAUCCUAUCCAUUUUGAAGAUUGUAAUGCUUUUUAUUUGAGAUAUUUGUGUUGGUGCAAAUGCAUUUUUGAACAACAACAAUCAUUUUAAAUUGAGUU